AUGCAAAGGCAAUUUGAGGAGACCACUAAAGCUAUGCGACUCCACCGCUUCUUGGCGGCACGUGUCGCGCCUACAAAUGAUGCCCAAUUGCUGUGGUGGACAACAGUAGCCCAGAAGAUAUCAACAUUGCCGAAAACCGCGGCACGAACGAGCACCGGCUGCCAACUGGCCAGGACUCAAAUUGUGCAGGACAAUGGCGCGUCCUACAACUACAACUACCUGCAAGCUGACAGCUUCAACCUGCCGAUGCUUAUCACCGGCUUAAGCGUCGCAAAUGAGUCUGGCACCAGCGUUCCGUCAAGUCGAGGACUCUGCCUUUGCCAGCGUGACGCUCGAUUAGAGAUUAGGGCUACGUCGCCGCGUCCAAGGACGAAGCCAGUCAGCCAGCCAGUUAGCCCGCCAGCCAUAUUGCCAGACGGCCCCUAUGAUCGUUACGGCUAUAAGCAAGUCCACAGUUCCGGCAAUUUUGAAUUGCGAUUGAAAUACUUUAGCAAUGAGCAUGGCCGGGACAAUGAGGGCCACUGUUGCAGCGGGGCAACGGAUGCGACAACGGGCAAAUGCAUCGGUACAUGCAAGACGAGAUUUCGUGUGUGCCUCAAGCACUAUCAGGCGACGAUAGACACAACGUCGCAGUGCACAUACGGGGAUGUGGUGACGCCAAUUCUCGGCGAGAACUCCUUCAAUCUCUCCGAUGCGCAGAGUCUUCAAGCGAAGGGCUUCACCAAUCCCAUACAGUUUGCCUUCAAUUUUGCCUGGCCGGGCACCUUCACGCUGAUCGUUGAAGCCUGGCACGAUACGAAUAACAGUGCCAAUGCGCGCUUAAACAAUCUGCUCAUCCAGAGGCUCUCGGUGCAGCAAGUUCUCGAGGUCUCCUCCGAGUGGAAGACAAACAAAUCGGAAUCACAGCACACAUCGCUUGAAUAUGAUUUUCGUGUCACCUGCGAUCCGCAUUAUUACGGAUCUGGCUGUGCGAAUCUCUGUCGACCCCGUGACGAUCAAUUUGGCCAUUACACAUGCUCCGAAACGGGUGAAAUCAUCUGCCUCACAGGCUGGCAGGGCACCUACUGCGAGAAACCCAAAUGCGCCAAGGGCUGUGUCCAUGGCCAGUGCGAUAAGCCCAAUCAAUGCAUAUGUCAGAAGGGUUGGCGCGGACCGUUGUGCGACGAGUGCGCUCCUUAUCCGAGUUGCGUGCACGGAACUUGCAACAAGCCUUGGGACUGCAUUUGCAACGAAGGCUGGGGCGGUCUGUUCUGCAACCAGGAUCUGAACUACUGCACCAACCAUCGCCCGUGCUUGAAUGGCGGCACCUGCUUCAACACCGGCCAGGGACUAUACACGUGCAAAUGUGCACCCGGAUACAAUGGCAACGAUUGCCAGACGGAGAUCAGCUCCUGUGACUCGGAUGUGAAUCCCUGCCAGAAUGGGGGCACGUGCGUCGACGAAGCGACACAGCGUGGUUACAAGUGCCUCUGCCCCAAGGGUUGGAAUGGACGAAUGUGCGAGGAGAAGCUGCUCACCUGCGCCGACAAACCCUGCCACCAGGGCAGAUGCCGAAACACGAGUCCAAAUGGCAACAACAACAGCAAACAGCAGGGGUUUCAAUGCGACUGCCCCAGCGGAUAUAGUGGACCCACCUGUGAUCUACAUUUGGACAACUGCAAUCCGAAUCCCUGCCAGAAUGGUGCCACCUGCCAGCCGAACGGUAAAUGCAACUGCCCCGAGGGCUACACAGGCGCCAGAUGCGAACAGAACAUCGACGAUUGUGUGGGGCACAAGUGCCAAAAUGGUGGCACCUGUAUCGACAUGCUCAACCAGUAUCGCUGCCAAUGCGUGCCCGGUUUCCAUGGACCGCGCUGCAGCAGCAAAGUGGAUCUCUGCCUGACCAAACCCUGCGCCAACGGUGGCACUUGCACCAAUCUCAACAAUGAUUACCAAUGCGCUUGCCGAGCUGGAUUCACCGGUAAGGAUUGCUCCAUCGAUAUCGAUGAGUGUGGCAGCACGCCUUGCCACAACGGCGGCACCUGCAUGAAUCGUGUCAACAGCUUCGAAUGCGUCUGCGCCAAUGGAUUCCGUGGCAGGCAAUGCGACGAGGAAUCCUACGAUUCGGUCACCUUCGACGCCCAUCAAUAUGGGGCAACGACGCAAGCCCGUGCCGAUGGUCUCACAAAUGCCCAAGUGGUGCUCAUUGCCAUCUUCUCGGUGGCCAUGCCCCUUGUGGCAGUGAUCGCUGCCUGCGUCGUCUUCUGCAUGAAGCGGAAACGGAAACGUGCCCAGGAAAAGGACGACGCCGAGGCACGCAAACAGAACGAACAGAAUGCGGUUGCCACGUUGCAUCACAAUGGCAGCGGCGUUGGCGUUGGCGUCGGUGUUGGUCUCGGGCUGCCACCGGGUGGCACAACGCUGGGCGUCAAGCGUGGCAGCAGCGGUGGCCUCACCUUUGACAACAGUAACCCGAACAUCAUCAAGAACACUUGGGACAAAUCGGUGAAUAAUAUUUGCGCCUCUGCCGCGGCUGCGGCUGCGGCAGCUGCAGCAGCCGAUGAGUGCCGCAUGUAUUCCGGAGCCUUGGCCAAUUACGCUGUGGCAACGGCAACAGCGGACAACAAUGCCAAUUCGGAAUUUUGUGGCGUUGGCCAGUUGGCGCCGCUGCAACGCGCCAAAUCGCAAAAGCAACUCAACACGGAUCCAACGUUGAUGCAACAUCGUGCCUCACAGCUGCUCUCCGCCGGCGCAGGCGUCGCUGCAGCAGCGGCGGCUGCAGCAGCAGCAGCGGCCAGUGGCACAACCAAAGAGUACAGCACCGCAGUGGGCGUUGCUGCAACGGCAGCGACGAACUCAGCACACAGCGAGCAGGGUGGUGGAGGUGGCAAGGGGAGCGGUGGUGGUGGCAAGCGCAUUUCGGUGCUGGGCGAGGGCUCCUAUUGCAGCCAGCGUUGGCCAUCCUUGGCAGCGGCAGGUGUGGCAGGUGCCUGCUCCUCCCAGCUAAUGGCGGCGGCAGCGGCGACGGGCAGUGGUGCGGCGACGACGCAGCGCACAGUGGUCUGUGGCACGCCGCACAUGUAAACAAAGACUGCACAGAAGGAAAGAGACGCAGAGAGAGAGAGAGAAAGAGAGAGGGAGCAAGCAAGAAAGAGAGAGAGAGAGACGCCAAAUGAUGAGCCAUUUGUUGGCUUUGUUGUUGAUUGAAGCAGUGCAGUCGUCAAAAUUGUAACAGGCUUAACACACACCCACACGCACACACACACACAUACACCCGCACACACAAAAAAUGUUUAACUUUCCAUAUUUUGCCUAAUUAACAAUUUAAAAAAUGUGUUGCGCUUGGUCUGACGUAAGCAUAAAGUUCUCAUUUGUACAUACUAAAAAUUUAUAUAAAAGAAAUUCGCGCCUUUGACUUAAACUCUUCAAAAACUUGACUAGGUUGCCACAAAAUAAGAAAAACUGAACGAAAAAAAGAAACUAAAGAAACACAUUUCUACUGACGUUUUGCAUGUUACUGAAAAAUCUGCUUCAAUUAUUAUUAUUAGAAUUGUGCUUAGUUGCGAUCGAUUGUAAAUAUUACUUAACGCAAAGAACUCUAAACAUAAUUAGCACUUAAUUUUAGCCACUAAGCAAUCACAAACACAAAAAACAAAACACAGAAAACAGAAAAAAAAUACAAUUCCUCAUUGACGCUGCAUGUCGACUCUUUGUCUAUGCAAAGUAGUGCGCAAGCAUUUUGUACAUACUAAUUAUAGGUAAUCAACUCUGAUAAACAACAAACAUACAAAAAAAAAAAAACAUUCAACGCAAAAAACAAAAAAAGCAACAAAAAAAUUGACUAUCUCGCGCUCUACUUUUAAUGUCUAAAGUAUAUGCAUAAAGUAUAACUAAAUUUAACUCUAGCUUAAUUACAUUAUCUACAUAGAAACACACAGACAAACAAGCGAAGACAAACAAAAACAUUUAGUGAUUCUAUUAUAAGUGCUUAAUAUUUACACACAAUAACUUUAUAAACCUUUUAUUUCUUCAUUUUUUUUAACUUUUUGUAUAAUUUUUGGCAUUUUUUUUUUUUAAUUUGGAGCAAUUAUAUGGAAAAAAGAAGUCAACAUUAUUUAUAGUUAAAACUUAACUGUAAACGAGACAUGUAUUGAAUUUAUAAAUCUUAAGCAUAAAUUUAUUUGAAAAUUUAACAACAAACACAAUUGAAUGAAAUAUACAAAAAAAAAAAAAAAGAAAA